AUGGAAAUACUUCUCCAUGAGAAGGGGAAGGGAUUACUCAACGAGCCCCACCCGAUGAGGAGCCCGCGAGAGCUCGCGGACCGCUCGAAAUACUGUCGUUUCCAUCGGCAGCAUGGGCACGACACUGAGCAGUGCCGUGAGCUAAAAAGGCAGAUCGAGGAGCUCAUCCGCCGAGGGCAUCUCAGCCACUACCUUCCACCGGUCAAGGAGCCGUCACCUCACCCGGAAGGCCCCGUCGAACGACACAUCGACGUGAUAGCCGGGGGUCCCACAGUAGGGGGGGCUCCGCGUCGGGCAGAAAGGCGUAUGCCCGGGCCGCUCCCGACGAAGCCUCGGGACACGAGCCCGAGCCCGAGAUUACCUUCCCGACCGGAGUUGCCGAGCGACCUGACCACGACGACGCCCUGA